AUGAAAAGCACUAACAAAAAACUGUCGGCACAAGAUGGAAAAUUAAUAUAUGAAGGAGAUAUAAUAACUGAUGAUAAAUCUAAAGCUGUUCUUUAUGAUGGUCCAGGAUAUUUAUUCAACAAUGAAACAAAAUGUUUUUUCAAAGGAACUUGGAAGAGAGGUGAGAAAGUAUGUGGAAUUGAGACUUUCCCAAAUGGUGAUGUUUAUGAAGGAUAAUAUAAAGAUGGUGUAUUUCAUGGAAGAGGAUUGCUUUAUAAUAAUGUAUAACUAUACCCUGACAAAAAAGGGUAAUACCUAUAUGAUGGUUAAUUUGAAUAGGGACAAAAACAUGGUUAGGGAAAAGAGUGUUAUAUCACAGGUGGUUGUUAUGAAGGAUCUUUUAAAUACAAUCAGAAACAUGGACAUGGAAAAUUAGUAUUCUCUGAUGGGUCUUAAUAUGUUGGGGAUUUUUAGAGAGGUAGCUUUGAUUUAUUUUCUUUUAGGAUUACCUAAUGGAUUUGGAGUAUAGAUUGCAUAUUCUAAAGAAAGAAUAGUGGCAACAUUCCCUCCUCCUUAUGAUAAUGAAAAAAGAAAGGAAUUAUAAAAAACUGAAGAAGUUAUAGAGGAUGAAGCAGAUAAACAAAGAUUAGAAUUCUUGUAUGAAGGUGAUUUUGUAGAUGGAUAUAAACAUGGUAUUGGAAGAUUAUAUUAACCUAAUGGUUCUUAUUAUUAUGCUUAUUGGGAAUAUAAUAAACCUGCUCGUGAUUUUAUUGAAUAUAUUGCUGAAGGUCAUAAAUGGAGAAUUGUUAAUGUGAAAUAAUUAUAGACUGACCAAAGUAUUAAUUUCUUCAAGAUUAUUCGGGAAAAUAGAUCUGAAUGGAUAUAGAAAUAUCCUAUUAAAGGAAAUAGUUAUCCUCCAGCCGAAUUAGAUGGUUAUAAAAGUCUUAUUGAUGAAAAAGGAUUAAAGAGAGAAAAUUUUGAAGAUCCAGAAUUUGAUUUCUCUGAACAAUCCUUUAAUAUCAAAGAUGAAAAUGACUAACCUAUUGGAGCACCUAUAGAAUUUGAAAGAAUAUAUACAUCCAAAUAUUUUAAGAAGAAAGACUUCAAACUAUUCACUAAAGAAAUUUAACCUGGAUAUUUAAAAUACUAAGAAUAAUAUUGUUGUUAAUAAUUAACUGUUGUUUUAAAUGCACUUACAUUUCAUUCAUAUCUUUUUGCUAAAGUUUUUUCUAGAAAAUAUGAGGCUGAGUAAUUAUAAUAAUAAAUAAUUUAGAAUUGGAUUUUAUUUUAUUAAAUUAUUUUUGAAAAAUGAAUGGAAAGAAUAUAUUGUGGAUGAUAGAAUCCCUAUAUUUAGAUCUGAUAAAAUGCCCAUCUUUUCUAAUUCUUAAGAAUCUGAAUUAGCUUGGGUAAUCCUUUUUAAAGCAUUUGCAAAAUAUAAUUAAUCAUUCCAAUAUUUUUCUAAUGAUAAAUUAAUGAGAGCUGUUGAAUAUUUGACUUUACUUACAGGUAUGCCAACUGUUUAAUUAAAUGUUCCUAAUGUUUUUGGAGAUAAUCAAGAAUAUUCUGAAUAGGUAAAAUAUAUUUCAUAUUUAUUUUAGUAAAAAAAACUAUGGAAAACCAUGGCUCAAAAAUAUUAAAAUACUAAAGUUAGAAUUUGUUAUUUACAUAAAGAUAUAGAAGACCGUUUAAAAUUACCAAAAAACACAGCUUAUUAAAUUGUAGACUUACAAGAAACUUCAUAAGGCAAAAGAGAGGAAUCCUAUUAUCUACUUAUACUGGCAUCUAAUUAAAAACUUGCUCUAAAAUAAGAUAUUACUAAUUAAAUUUCACUUGCUAGAUAAAAAUUAUAAGAACGAAAUCCAUAAACUAGAGGUAAUGAUUCAUACUUCUUCAUGGAUUAUAAAGACUUUAUUAAACAUUUUCAAUAUGUUAUCAUGCUUUGUGCUACUAAAUAUCCUAUCUAAAAUUAAUAAUUGAUUUAACCUGAAGAAAAAGACAAGCAUAAUCAUGAAUUAAGAUUCUUUUGUAAAUUUAAAACCAACUUAGCAUAGGAUUGUUUAAUUUGUAUUACAUAAGAUCAUUAAGAAAAAUAAGAGGAUUAUAUAGUAUAAGAAAGUAUUUUUUUUAAUUCUAUUAUUAGAAACAUUUCCUGUAAGAAUUGUACUUGCUAAAGAAAAAGAUAUUUUUACAAAUAAAAAUUAAGUUAAGAAGAAGGUCAUUUCAAAAUGGUAAGAAUAAGCAACUCGUUCAAAAUAAGAGAAAGAAAAAGAUAAAAAAGAAGAAACUAUGAAAAUAGAUAUGAAAUAUGCUUCCAUAUUUGAAACAAACACAGAUAAAAAAUAAGUUAAGCCUUAUAAAUAUUGUUUUGGAAGAGGGUAAUCUACAGAUAAGAUUUUAUUUAAAGAUGCCUCUUUAGAAAGUGGAGAUUAUGUAUUGUUUGUUUAGGUUGAAAUUGGUGAUAGUAAAGAAUAAUUUGAUAUUAAGAAUAUGAAAUUUUGGAUAACAAUCCAUAGUCAGAAAUUAAUACAGAUUUAAAGACUUGAUUAACAAAUUUAAGGGUUCUAAAAAGCAGUAUAUGAAAGUGCUAUUGCAAUAGCUGAUAAACAUUCUUCAGAUACUUAGAAAAUCAAAUAUUUUCAUAAGGGAGAUCUUAGUGAAUAAGAAAAUGGAAGCAGCGAUCUUGUAAUUACACAAUAUUUUAUAAAAAAAGAAGGAACUUAUUUAUAACAUUUAAAUAAUAAAAGUACCAAUAAAAUUUGGAGAUAAAAGUUAUAUUUUAAGUUGGAUAACAUGUAAAUUAUUGAUCAUAGAGAUUCUUAAAAAUUAGAUAUUUGUUUAUCCAAAAAAUAAACAGCUUUAAUCAUAAUUUAACAAGUUGGAGCAAAAAAAUAUAAUUUAGAAGGAGGAGAAGGAAUUUGUAUUGUGGAUUUAUUAAAUGAUUAGAAUGUAGAAGAGGAAUAAGAAGCUAAAAAUUAAGAUGCAACUAGUGUUUAAGAGGAUAAUUAAUAGAAUUUUUAACAGACUACAUCAAAACCAAAAUUUGGAAGUCUACUUUUUAAAAAGUGAU